CACAUAUGGUCUUUUAGAGAGAGAAAAAAAGUGAUCUCGGGCAAAAGGUUUGUUUAGGAUAUUGACACGCGUACUCCAGCAUCCACAUAAACAAGCCAAUGUGGAUGAUUUCUUUUCCUGCAACUCAUUAGAUAACAUAAUGGCUGCUGCCGUAGGAGCCUCCUUCAAUCAUGUCGCCAGAGAGUCUUCGGACGUCGAUCGGCUUGCCCACUUUUACCAAGACAUAUUUGGAUUUGAACGAAUUGAAAGCCCUAAAUUUGAGUUCAAGGUGAUAUGGCUUAGGCAAUCGCCUUCUUUCUGCCUUCACCUCAUCGAGAGGGACCCAACCACCAAGCUUCCAGAAGCUCCAUGGAGUGCUGCUAGCGAUGCUGUCGCAGAUCCCAACAAGCUCUUCAGAGGCCAUCAUCUUUGUUUCACUGUUUCUAAUUUUGACCACUUCGUCACUGCUAUCAAGGCAAAAGGAAUUCAGACACAUGAGAGGACUCAGCCGAAUGGGAAAACCAAGCAAGUCUUUUUCUUCGAUCCUGAUGGUAAUGGCUUGGAGGUUGCUAGCAGUGAGUAACCAGAUCCAUAAAAUAGAUGACAAUGUAAUGCACCAUAGUUAAGGAUGGUAAUAAACUUUUAAAACUGGAUGUUGUUGUGUUGUGUUGAUUUACAUGUUUUUCUUUUUUCUUUUU